CCGUCCAGAUCCAAUCUUGUUUCAAGCAACGCCAGACAUUCAUUCUACAUUCGGCGGGGCGACUGGGGUACAGUGCCCAAGUGGCCUCCGGUAUGGAGAUAUCUCGUCUACUCCAUGCGCCUACAAGCGACAACCAGCUCCAGGACAGCCAAGACCAACGUUUGCAGGACAGCAACGGGAAGAGUGUUAAAAAUCAAACUCGAGCUCUUGUCUCCGUAAAGAGGAAGCGGCGAUGGAGACCGUCAUUCAAGCAGAUUCGCGACAAGAACCAACGCGAUACUGACAAUUCGCUGCUCCUGAACCUCACGUUAGACGUGAAUGAUCUGCGUCAGCAAGUCCACGACUGUCUCGUGCAGAAAAGUAUCCGCGAGACGCGUUUACUUGUGGCCAGAGAGCAGUUCCACGCCCGGUCGCUAAUGUCAGUCGAAGGUUUCUUCAAGGUCUUUCGUCACGGCCAUCCUAAGGCUCUCACAGCCUCCGAAGAGAAUUUUUUAACACGAUUAUUGGACGAGAAUGUUGGUGUCGGGGGAGACGUUAAAGGUCGAGCGGAGUUUUACGAACAAUGGCAGCGAUACAAGCAGAUAUUUAACGUGCGCCGUAUCCGUAACUUCUCGACACAAGUUGUUAACAGUGAUGCUGGAGGCUGCUUAAUUGAGUGUGUCGGGGAAUUUGAGGGAAAAGUGACCGUCGCAGCACUCAGCACGGUAUUCCCUAACUCAUUAAAAGAUGAGCUUCUGGUCCAGCACGUGUUGGAUCGCCGCUUCGUGUGCCCCACCAAGACUCUCGUGAGUAUCGAUGCCUAUGGGCGUGUGGUGCACUGCUGGACUUCAAUCCGCUUCAAGUUGUGA